GGAUCAGACAAUAUUUGAUUAGCGCGGGGAGUGUAAGCUGGUAAGAAACGUGUUUUCUCCUUACGUGUACACUACUCGCUUGUGGUUAUUAUAUUUUUAACAGUUAUGAAGAAGAACAAGAGCCAUUUUUCUGGUAAGAAAACCGUGUCUAAACCACAAAAGGAAUCCCCCAAGGCGGAGGAGAGCGCGCUGCCAAAGUUGGAUUCCCUCGAUGAAGAAAACCAAGGCUUCGGCGGAUGGUUGAGAUCAGACGAUGGCUUGGAGAACAUGAAACUAUUCGUCAUAGCCAACAGCAUUGUUUUACUAACGACUCUGGUGUAUCCCCAGUUGCAAAUUGUAUUCAAUAUUAUAUCCGAAGCUAUAUACGGCACUGAAACUGAAUAUUAAUUGUACUAAUUUUAUAAUUUGAAUUACAAUACUAUAUAUUAUAUAACCUUCUGCUAAAUGUAUGAAUUACAAUACUGUAUGUGUAUAACCCUCUACGUUACUAUAAUUACUACAGACUUUUGUUUACUGAAAUAGUUUUAAAUUAUAAGUUUACGAAUAGAAUACGCUGAUAAAAUAUAACAAUAACUGUCAAAUAAUUUGUGCAAAAUUUAGGCAAAUAACUUUUAAUAACAGCAAAUGAGAACGCGAUAAGAUUUUAAUUACAAAGAGAAUUAUUAUAAGGACGAAAUUGAGUGUUGUAAUUACAUAGAAAACGCUAGAAUAGUGCCUUAAUUUUGUAGUUCAAUAUUAUCUUAAAUUUAAUGUUUAAGUUAAGUGUUUUCAACGUUUAAUUAAAAUAUUAUAUUCUGUAGAGGUGUAAGAUACUACAUACGAAAACACCUAUAAUAUUAUUAAUAUUAUAUUAAUUUAGAUAAUAUAUAACACACGACAGGCAGAUUUAUAUGUGCGUAUUAAAUAGUAAUUGACAGUGAUUGUUUUACAAAUCCACAGAUUUAAUAAAUUAACCAGUGUUUUGUGUUAAAUAUGUUUAAACAAAACACCUCUCAUUAAUUUCAGAACAAUCGAACAUCCAGUUAAAUUUUAUAUUUCAAAAUAUCGAGGGCAGCCGAUCCAACUGUCACUUAAACUAUAACCGAGUUCGGCUCCACCUAAUUCGAUCGACCAAAUCAAUUUUAACCAACCCAGAUUUCCAGCAAUUAUAUCGUACUAAGCCGAAAUUCAUUAUUGGAAAUAUUUAAGUCAAAUUAAUUCAUCCAGAUCUGUUGGAUUUCUACUAAUUACUUAUUAAAUUGUCAAGUGUAAUUGGAAUUUUCGUAAUUGUUAUAGUGAUUUAUACAAUAUAAGCUUCGGCGAACACAAUUUACUGUGGUUUCACAUUGAAGAGAAAUCUUCAGAUAUAUCCAACUUGUGUAGAAUUUAGAAUUUAAUAUUAUGUUAGAGCUGAGCAUUGUUAAUAAGUGUUUCUAAUUAGACGUAUUAUGUUAUCGAUAUUUAAACUUGUAUAACAAUAUUGUAAUUCUUGUUACUGGGAUCUCAUUCUUAGUAUCUUUCCGUAUAUUAGGAUGUUUUAACUUUGUGCUUUCGCGUAACAUAAACUUUUUGUUCUCUAGUAAACCAAGAAAACGGUAUCGCUUUACAUUGCCUCAGAAAACGUCCCCGUUUUUAAGUAGGUAACCUAUUUGUAAAGCCUUAAAACCUAACACUUAGCGUAUGCUUUUGCGAACUUUAUAUAGGCACCUAUUUGUAUACUAAGCCGCUAAGUCUAGAUGAUGUAAGUGCGGAUUUGCUAACUAUUCAAUUUUUAAGACCACUCAUAUUUCGUAUGUUAAUGUGAAGUUCUUGGAUGUAUUUUUUAAAUAUUUCUUUCAAUUUAGAUUGAAGUAAAAUAUUCCUUUUUAAUUUAUAAAGUUUUAAACGUUUUUGUAAGAGCAAAGUAAAAUGAUAGGAUUUGUUUUUCGUUUUGUAUUCUCGUUGGGUAUUUUGAUUUGGUAUUCAAUUAGUGUCUGGAAUAUGAUUGCGGACUAUUUUAAUAAGGAAUUUCAAAAGUUAUUAUUGAAUACAUCGAAUGAGAUUGAUGCUGUUAUACAUGAUGAACUUUAGAUUGGAAAACUUUUAAAUUAAGGAUGUUAUUAUGAAUAUAAGUAUCAAAUUUAUUAAGGAAAUUGUCUUAUGUCUUUGAGUAUUCAUUAUAUUCCUAUAAAUAAUGUUGUUCCUUGAAGAUGAAAGAGUUCUGUUUACAAUAAUUUUCGUUAGAUAACAUGAUGAUAGAGCGUUCAAAGGGAAUGAAAUAAUAUUAUUCUAAUUUGGUUGUCUGGGUCUGGGUUUCUGCUGUAUUUGCUUUUUUAUAAUGUAACCACAUUUUUUAUGAAUUAAAAAUAUGAUUUAUUAAUAACAGUUUUUUUU